GCACGCUUACAGAAACCCUCCACCUUCCCCAGCUCCACCUGUAUAGAUCUGCUACGGGUAUUCGGAAUUUUCUUUCAGUCACGUUUGGCUAAAAAGUUUGUCUCACAUCGCACAAGUGCAUCUCGUGAAAUUUCGCUUGCUGAUCCAAAAGAGGGCAGCAGCAUUGAGCAUCUGAGAAGGGUGGUGAGGUUGGGAAACGUAACUCAAGAAAAUUCAAACCAACCUUUGAGUAUAAGCUUGCAGGACAGUUCUAAGAUCUCCAACCCAGCUGUGAACUUAGCUCACAGGUCUUCCUCUGCAAACGCGAAAGGAUUCUGGAAUCAGUUCAUGUUUCGAGGAAAAUCAGACUUCAGAUACGUUCUGCCAAUUAGGAACAUCGAGGUCCGUCAAGAAAAGUGUCGAGCGCUCAGUUUCUCUCAGAGGAUCUUCCAUGAAAACUGUGAAACGUUGGAGCUUCAAAACAACAUCUGUUUCGGAAAAUGUGACACUUCGCCCUCUAGUGGGGAAGACGGAGGUUCCUUUCAUUGCCCUGUCUGCUCACCCGUUAUCAUCGCUUACAAGACUCUGAAGCUUCAAUGCAUUGAUAACACAGAAAUGAUAAAAGUUGUAAAAAUAAUAGAGGACUGUCAAUGCAAAACAAAACCAGGACAGCAUUCACAUCACAACGGUCCUGUUCUGGUUGAUCCAAGCGUUCAUCAAUAGGCUAUCAUAUGAUAAAUAUACGAUAACAGUUAUGAUGUUGGUUAUGGUGUUAUAGUAGGCUAGUUGUUGUAAGGUAGCCUACAAUAUCUGUUUCUAGAAACACACACCAAGUUUUCCUACCCCAGUAAGGUGACAACUGAUGUUUAAAAACAGGCUUGUUAUUCUUAUAAUCCUUUUUUAUUUCUUCAAAUAAAGUAUGGAUUUUUCAAGAUA